AUGGCUUUAAUCCAAUUCUACGCUCCUGCAACCGGCGAACAUGCCCAAAAACUGAUCAACAACGCCAAGCAGACACUCUUCGACGAACUGAACAAACAUCUCGAGUCACGAGAAAUCUUCAACGAAGUUUGUAUCUUGGAAGAUGAUGGAGCCCUGGCAGAAGCUAAUAUUCGGCUUGGACUGGCUUUUGACAAGGAUGAUUUGAUUUUCUACAAUGAUCUCUUCAAAAAUAAACUUGAAAGAAAUCCAACAGACGUCGAGCUGUUCGACUUGGCACAAUCUGAUUCGGAGCAUUCAAGGCACUGGUUUUUCAGAGGUAAAAUAUCGAUUGACGGGGAACAGCGAAAAGAAAGCUUAAUGGAUUCGAUCCGUGCGACACAGCAGGCUUCAAAUGCCAACAACUUGAUUGCAUUUAACGAUAACUCGAGUGUUAUCCGGGGAUUUUCGAAUACUCCGGUUUUAACAACUGAGGAUCCGACUACUGCGUCCUUGAAUCUCGUCAACAUUGUUAAACGACAUCUUCUGUACACCGCGGAAACUCACAAUUUUCCGACGGCCGUAUGCCCAUUUCAGGGUGCCACCACCGGCACUGGAGGUCGGAUCCGUGACGUACAAGCGACAGGUCGUGGAGCCCAUGAAAUUGCGGGAGUGGCUGGAUACUCAUUUGGAAAUCUUCUGAUCCCGGGAUACGUUCAACCAUGGGAAGAUGCGACCGAAACAUACCCCAAAGGCUUUGCCAGUCCGCUACAGAUUUGUAUUGAAGCUUCGAAUGGGGCUAGCGAUUAUGGAAACAAAUUUGGCGAGCCUGUUCUUUGCGGCUUCGCACGUUCGUUUGGCCUCCGACUGCCUGCUAACGACAGAAGUGAAUAUUUGAAGCCAAUAAUGUUUUCUGGAGGGCUAGGAGCGAUUGAUGACGUGCAACUAAAGAAAGAAGUAGCAACUGACGGACAAUUGUUGGCAAAGAUUGGCGGUCCGGUGUAUCGCAUCGGAGUGGGCGGCGGAGCGGCUUCAUCCCUUGCGGUUCAAGGCGAUCGAGAAAGCAUGCUUGACUUCGGAGCUGUACAACGUGGUGAUGGGGAGAUGGAGCAAAAGGUUCAUCGAAUCGUGCGCGCUUGUGCCGAGCUUGGAAAAGAGAACCCAAUCUUGUCGAUUCAUGAUCAAGGAGCAGGAGGAAAUGGCAACGUUUUGAAGGAGCUCUGCGAAGGUGCCGGAGGGCAUGUAUUCGCAGAUUCAUUUGAGCUUGGUGAUCCGUCAGUUUCCAUUCGUGAACUAUGGACGGCCGAAUACCAGGAAAACAACGCGAUUCUACUUGACCCUAACGGCCGGGAAACCAUUCAGAAAAUUUCUUUACGAGAGAAGUGCCCUGUUACAGUUGUCGGCCAUGUCACGUCCGGGAAAAGAAAGAUUGCGAGGCGAGCAAAGCAGGGAAAUAUCCAGUGGAUUUUAAUAUGGAAAUUGUUGGAGAUCGAGCUAAAAAGG